GAUUUUACGAAUACACCCAACCGUGUCACAUACCGCGUGGAAAGGACAAGAACCGAGGGCUCCUACGCGCUUCUGAGAUUUUAUCAGGCGCCUAACACGUUCCUCAUUCAACGCUCUCUCGCUCUCUCUCUCUCUCUCUCUAAACAAAGAACCAUCUCUCUCCUAUUUAAUUCUGUAGGAAGUGAACCGCAGGCGAGAUAGAGGAGAGAGGGGAGCGCAUCGAAAUAGUAGACAAAAAGAGAUGUCAUACCCUGGUUAUCCCGGCGGCCAGUCCCCUUACGGCGGCGGCCAGGCGCCUUACGGCUAUGCCCCUUACCCUGGAGCCGGAGCUGGAGCCCCCUCCCCAUUUCCGGCGACCGCGGGCGGAAAGCCCUCUGCCCAUGCGGCCGCCCCACCGCCUGUAGCUUACCCUGCAGCGCCGUACCAGCCGAGCCCCUUUGCAUCGCUGGUGCCCUCUGCUUUUCCUGCCGGAACCGACCCUAACAUUGUCGCCUGCUUUCAGAUGGCCGAUCAGGAUGGGAGUGGUUUCGUUGAUGAUAAAGAGUUGCAGAAGGCUCUCUCUUCCUAUAAUCAGUCUUUUAGCCUGCGCACUGUGCACCUCCUCAUGUUCCUCUUCACCAAUUCUAAUGCUAGGAAGAUUGGUAACUCUUUGCUUCUCUCUCUUAAACUGUUUCUCUCUUUCUCUACUAUCUAUCUAACUGGUUGAUGGUUUUGUUUUGAUACGCUUUCGAUUCAUGAAACUUAGAAUCAGAAUUUUAGGGUUUCUUCUAUGUUUGUGAUGAGUCCACUUCCACCGUGAUUGUUUCUAUGGCUAUUGGUGAUGCGUUUGGUAGUUUCUUUUGCUGUUUUGAAAUCAUGGAAAUUAAGGUUCAUGUUUGAGGGUUUGAUUAGGGAGCGGUGUUCAAAUAUGUCAAAUCUAGGGUUUAUGUGUACAUUUGAGGGUUUGGUUAAAGAGAUUUUCAUAUUCAGGAUUAAGAGUUAGCAAUUUCCCUUUUUCCAUUUCCUGAAUUUAAGUAUGGUUGCUUGCCAUCUUCUUGAAUAAAGAGUAAUAACUAACACUCAAAUGGUUUCUUGAAAACUCAUUUCUGAUAUGAAACUUUGAUAUUAUUUCUCAAUAGAAUAGCUCCGUAACUUAUGAUGCCCUCGUUAUUUCCCAAUAGAAUAGCGCGGUAACAUAUCUCUUCUUCC